CUUCCACAAAUAGUUUAUAUUCCCAAGCUCAUCAUAUACCAAGAAACCCUCCUCCAUCUUCCUCAUUACCUACUACCUCCCUUUCACCCAUUUAAAACCACACCGCCGCUUGCAAGAAAAGAAGUAAGAAAAAAAAUGGAGAGACGAGGAGUUCCCAUUUCAUCCAUCAUCAUCUUCAUACUCUGUCUUCUCCUAUCGUCAUCAGCAACAACAGUUCCUGUGGCUGCACAAUCACAAAACGCAGACUCGUGCUCGUCAAACGGCGCUCUCGUCGGCCUCUCCGGCUUGCCCUUCGACCCUUCCUCCCUCCGCCAGUGCCUCUCUGCUUGGACCUCCCGCAACUACAUCCUCCGAUACUCGCAGGCGUCAUCCAACGUGUGGAACUUCCUCCUGUCGGCCCCCGAUGUGAACUCGUACGUGGCGGUGGGGUUCUCGCCGGACGGGCAGAUGGUGGGGUCCAGCGCGGUGGUGGGGUGGAACGCAGCGGACGGCAGCGGCGGGCAGGUGAAGCAGUACUACCUCGGCGGGCAGACUCCCGGGCAGGUGGUCCCCGACCAGGGAAACCUGGUGAUCGCCACGUCAGCGAUCGUCUCCCAGCAGUCCAGGCUGUUCAUGGCCUUCCAGCUCAACGCCUCGCAGCCGUCCGACACGGUGCUCUACUCGCUGGGGCCCGCCGGAACCCUGCCGGCGGCGCCCGGGUACGCGUUGACCGAGCACCGGGAUAAGGUGGCCACCACGUUGAACUACGUCACAGGGCAAAGUAGUAAGGAGGGGAGGCCAUAUACGAGACUGAGGAGGAGCCAUGGCAUUUUGAACAUGCUGGGUUGGGGGAUCCUCACCAUAAUAGGUGCCAUCGGAGCUCGAUAUUUCAAGCACAUGGAUCCCGUCUGGUUCUACGGCCAUGUUUUGGUUCAGGGCUCGGCUUUCAUCAUGGGUACCGUCGGCGUCAUUGCCGGGUUGGUGUUGGAGGGCAACCUUAGUGCCAAUGUCUCGACCCACAAAGGGCUUGGCAUUUUCAUCCUUGUCUUGGGCUGCCUCCAGGUGAUGGCGAUCUUGAUUCGGCCAGAGAAAUCAUCCAAGUACAGGUCUUAUUGGAAUCUUUACCAUUAUGCGGUGGGAAGGAUACUAAUUGCUUUCGCCGUCGGCAACGUUUUCUACGGGAUCCAUUUGGGCGGGGAAGGGAGUGGAUGGAACGGCGGUUACGGAGUUGCUCUUGCCGUCCUCUUUGUUAUUGCCAUCACCCUGGAGCUCAGGAUGCGGCUCAAAGAAUAAUUAAUUAAUUAAUUAAUUAAACAUGGCUGACUAUUGUGCAACUUUUGUCGACGGAAUAUUGUUGUAUACAUAUAUUUUUUAUAUUGAUAUGGUUGUUAAAUUUUAAAAAUUAUGUGCAGGGAUGUGCUCUGUAUGAUCAGAAUGGGGUGAUUAAGGGUGCUUAAUUUGGUAAUUUGAUUUCAUUGGAUUUUGGUUGUUCAUUUAUAUGAUCAGUAUAAGGUGAUUAGGGUGCUUAAUGUGGUAAUAUGAUUUUAUUGGUUUUUGGGUGUUCAUUUAUGUAUGGUCGUUUGUACUAUUUCUCUUUAACUCUAUACUAGAACUUUUUGCAAA